GUGGUCUUACUUCCCCGAUCGUCUUCGUUCUUGGUGAUGUUUAGGUCCAUGUGAUUUCGCCCUUUAUUUCUCUCACUCACAUCUGGUCGAACUAAACCAUGUCGGAUUUAGACAGUUUCUUCGCCAAAAAGGACAAGAAAAAGGUCAAAGGGAAAAAGUUCACCACCUCCGAUGAAAUCGCGAGAAGGCUCGAGGAGUCUGAGAAAAAGGACCAAAUCCAAGUCCUCAAGUCCAAAGUCGAGCCCGUCAGGAAAUUAGAAGAGCCUUCGGAGGAUUCGCCCGUGGUAGAAGAUCCCCCGCAAAAGGUUCAUCUCCAAGGUGCUGGUACUACUAAACAGGACUUCAAUUUUACACAUAAGAAUUAUUUACAGGAAGAGGAGGAAUGGAAUGAUUUCGAAGAUGACAAAGACAAAGAUUUAACAAAUUUGAAAAUAAACAAAUUACAAAUAGAAGAUGAAGAAGAUCUUGGUGGUGGCUCAGCAGAUGAUGAUGGUGAGAAGGGCGAACAUGGGGACAAGAGAGAUGGUGUUUGGAAGACAGAAAGUAUGCAACAACCUGCACCUGCACCUCAGGUUACUACGAUAGAACCUGAGGAAAAAGGAAGGCCAACUAUCAAUUCAUCUUAUGUGCCACCACAUAUGCGCAAUACUUCUGCUUCACCAUUGCCAAAAUCUACUCCUAGGCGAAACAAAACGGCACCUGAUAUAAACAACGAGAUGGCAUUCCCAUCGCUUUCUGAUGCUCAGGCUGCUAAUCCAAUGGGUGCAUGGGGAAAGAAGAGAUUUAACAAUGAAGGCUUUGAAAGUGUAAGACAUGGCUCUACGCGAGUUAUGGCCGAGGACCAUGCACCUCCUAAACUUAGUACUGCUAAUCGCUUUGAUGCUUUGAGUGACAACAGCUGAGGGGCCUUAACUUAGACUAUAUCAGUACAUAAGUUGGCUUUGAGGCACGUCCCAUAGUUUGAAAUGGAAUUUCUCAUAUUUACUAUAUUUUCUAAGGGACAAUAUGAACUAUGAAAAAGGGUGUGGUUAGUGCAAUUGGAAAAGUACCAACUUAAAAUAUGAUUUUCUAGAUCAUAAGGAUAGAUUGACAACCUUCCACUUGAAUAUUAUGGUAUUCCAUCAAAGGGAGAACGUCUGUAUACUACUAACUUCCCAAUAAAUUUGAUUUGUGCAAAUCUGUGGACACAUACAAUGCUACUACACUUGUCAGUGUUUUUAAAACCAGUGAAAAUAAAAAGAAAUGCUAAGUCUGUAGGAUGAAUUUCUAUUUACUAAGAACAGUUCUUUUUGUGCAGAUUUUCUAUUAUGCACUUGGCUAACUCACCUGGUACAUUUAAUUUGAUUUGAAAAGUGGAAAUCUAAAGGCCAUCUAUUUAUUUCAUGUUUGUAGUGUUUACAAAACUGUAUUGUAUAUUGGUCAAUUUGUGAGUGUGAAGAGAAUAUAAACAAUUUUAUAGGCAGGUUGCUAAAAGCUUGACCAUAUGAUUUCAUUUUCCACAUGGUCCACUAGCACUAAAUAAAAAAAGAACUUGUGCUUUAGAUAGAUUAAUCUGAAGGACAGAUUCAUUAUUUUAAUUUUACAUGGCAUAAUCAAAGUUUCACCAUAAAUCCUAAAUUGGAACAGACAGCUAGGUGUGCAAUUUUGUCUUUUUAGUGUACUGUAGCAAAAGCGAGAAAGCCUCGUAAAAUUUUUACUUACAGUAUAUUGUAAUCCUGCUGGAAAUAGUUUGCCUCUGGUAAGGCUUGGUAAUUCAUUAUUGACAAAUAAUUAUUCUUUAGGUUGGAGAUGUAAAUACUGGUUUGGCAAAUUUUCCUUAUUACUGUAUUAGUGAUCUUGUUCCGUACAUUACCUUAAUUGAGUUGGGUAGAUUAGGCAUUUAACAUCCAUACUUACUUUUUCAAAGGAGACCUUUGUAAAGAUAUUCCCAAAGCAGUUUUAUUUUUUUAAUAUAGUGCCUAUUUUCUAGUGAACUGCUUUAUGAACACUUAACCUAUGCAUAAAAUGUAAUAGAAAUACAUACAUGAUACCUUGUAUAGAGUUUGCCUUGAAAAUCUAAACAACUCACAGGUGUCGUUGUACGGAACUGGAUCAAAGUGUACAGCCAGUAAUUCAAGAAAUCUCUACUGUAUGAUGAGAAUAAACCCAGUGUUCAUUUGAAGUUUUCACUUACCCCUGUGAGUAAGGAUAGAUCUACAUAGGAUGUUUCUUGUGUGGUACCACUGCUGUUUAAUUUUUGUGAUAACUAAAUUAACCUGAAAUAGCUGAUGGUUCCUAUAUUGUAAGUGACAGCUCUGAGAGAUAGAGCAUGACUCUAUUAAUUGCUGGGUGUACAUUUUAAUUUCGUUCUUGUCUAAUGUAAGUUUAUAUGUAUAAAUGUGUUUCUGACCAGAGAAUGGAUUUUUGUAAGGUAUGAAGCCAAUACUAAGUGGCUGUUGUCAGGCUGUGCCACCAAGGUAUGUAUGCUCAAUAAUACAGUAGAGAUUGGAAGCUUCUUUUUGCACGAAGUACUCCUUUUAUACUAUGGCUGUACACAUUAAAAUGAACUUCUGCUCUGUUUAUAUACACCAUUGGUCAAGACAAUCUAAUCUUUUAGACAGCAAGUGUUCUGUAGUUGUUACUUUGUUUCAACUGAAAGGUAUUUUUAUGAAGGAAGUCGAAGUCAUAAGUAGAUUUGAAUGCUGUUAUAGUAUUACGUAAGGGUAUAGGUUGGGAAACAUUAUAAGAGAAGGUGAAGUGUUAUGCUAGAGUCAUUGAUUGUUUAGUAGCUCAGGUAGAUAGCAUAGUAAAAUGAAUUGAAUGACUGAAGGAAUUUGGAGCUUAGAACCAGAUGGAACUGUUAGCUCUGUAUGAAUGUAUUUGGAUUGUGAUAUGAGGCCUUUGGAGGAUUUAGGUAUGUUAAAUUGUACAGUGCAGUGAUUUCAUUUGUUUCAAGGCACUAAGAUUUAGAAGACAAGCAAGUGAUAAAACUGUUUGCUCGAUAUUAGUCAGGUUUUAUAUUUAGUGCUUUGAAUUUUAAGCAAUUAGGUGUUCUUCAGAAGAUCCAAUUUUUUAGAAAUUAAAUUCCUUUUGGAUAUCAAACAAGAUUUUUGCCUGUACAUCCUUUAUGAUCGCAGAUUGGGGGUUAUAAACUUUGAGAAAUGUUACAAAUGAAUUUAAUAGUUUGGCAGUACUCUGUAGUGGUAUUAUAAUCAUUUGGUGAUUUUAGGGGGUUUACAAAAUUAUAGGUUUACAGUACUAUAUUGGACCUCCUCUUAAAGUAACCCUCUGGUCUUCCUUGAGCUGUUUGUGGAGUAUGAUAGAAUUUCCCCUGUGCUUCUCUUCCCAGUGUGACAUAAGUUGCCAUUUUGAGCUUUGUGGUUAGUCUCAGUAGUAUAUUUUUAACAAGAGUUUAGGAUAAAAAAAAUUAACUUUUCUUCAGUGAAUGCUGCUUAAUUAGCACUGGAGAUGCUGGGCCUUUUCAAAGAACCUAUUAAACUCAUCUUUAUAGCAAUGGCUUCAGUUGGCUCUCAAACCUUGGCUACCUCUAUCUUAGCCUGCUUUUUUCUUCUUAAUUUGUAUAAUGUGGUCUACCUCUUGUUUUUAUCAUUAAAACUGUAUGUAGAAGCUCUUAUCUUUUUUAAAUACUAUUUUUUUCUUGAUCUUCAUUGGUUUUGGCAGUUUUCUUUUCAGUGGCCUGCCUAAUUGUAAUGAAGAUUACAUGUCUUGGUGUGUGACAGAAAUUAAUUCUAAAAUCAAACUAAAGCAAGGAAUGUUUUCUUCAGCUGUUGUCUCUUUUUUAAGUCUAUGAACAGUUUACUGCACUUCUUGUUUGGUAUGCAGUAAAACAGCUUUCCCCCCAAAGAACUUAAAAAUAGUGUCAGUGCUGUGAUUUUAGAGAGACCAUUAUUUUUCAUUUCACUGGUUCAUUCACGGCACUGUGGUGCUGAGUAGGUCCAAACAGAUUAGGUGUUCAUAUAAACUGUUUCAAAGUUCAGGUCCGUUUCUAUUUAGAACAGUUAGAAUGGGCGACUGGAAUUAUUGUUAAAGCAAUUGCCAAGUAUUUUUCUGAACUUCAAAACACUUGGCGUUCAGAUUGUAGGCUGUAUAAUAUAAAAAUAAUGAACAUUUAUUAAAAUUUUGUGGAAAGGG